AUGCAUCUAAAGUUAUCCGUGUUAGCUAGCACCUUUGCGUGCGCAGUCUCUUUAGCUGCUGCUGUUGAUAUCUCCGUAAAGUCGACAGGUGGAAACGCUACUAACGGUCAUCAAUAUGGCUUCUUGCAUGAAGACAUUAACAACUCGGGCGACGGCGGUCUCUACGCCGAGCUAAUCCGCAACCGAGCCUUCCAGAUCAGUGAACGCUUCCCAGCUUCACUUGACGGAUGGCAUUCUGUGAACGGCGCUAAGCUAUCGUUGAAAAACUUGAGCACGCCGCUAUCCGACGUCUUGGUUACUUCCCUGAAUGUUGCAGUUCCUGAGGGACAAGACCAAGUAGGAUUUUUAAAUGACGGGUACUGGGGUAUGGACGUCAAGGCUAGCAAUAAAUAUAGCGGUUCGUUCUGGGUUAAGGGGGUAUAUUCCGGCCAAUUUACUGCCUCGCUGCAGUCGAGCACAACCAGUCAGACUUUUGGAAGUACGAAAGUCAAGUCCCAGUCUACCGCUGAUCAGUGGACGGAACAUAACUUCGAGUUGACUCCCUCGCAAGACGCACCGAGUUCUAAUAAUACGUUUGCCAUCACAUUUGAUACCUCGGGCGCAGAGACAGGGUCGCUUGACUUCAAUCUCAUCAGUCUCUUCCCUCCUACAUUUAAGGGACGGCAAAAUGGGAUGCGUGUCGAUAUCUCAGAAGCAUUGGAACAACUUCACCCUACCCUCUUCCGUAUCCCGGGCGGUAACAUGCUUGAAGGCUUGACAAACAGGACAUGGUGGGACUGGAAGAAUACACUAGGCCCCCUGAAGAAUCGACCCGGCUUCACGGGUGUAUGGGGAUACCAGCAAACCAACGGCUUGGGGUUACUUGAAUACCUAGAGUUUGCAGAGGACUUAGGAAUGGAGAUUGUCCUCGGCGUCUACGACGGCCUCUCUCUCAAUGGGGACAUCACACCACAGGAUGACCUGCAAUUCUUCAUCGACGACGCCCUCGACCAAAUCGAAUUCGUCCGCGGACCCGCCGAUUCCAAAUGGGGCUCCGUCCGCGCGCAGCUAGGGCACCCGGAACCCUGGAAGCUAGAAUACGUAGAGAUCGGUAACGAAGACUGGCUUGCCGGGGCACCGAAGGGCUGGGAUACGUUCAAAAAGUACCGGUUCCCGCUGUUCCUCGAGGCCAUUAACAAGGCGUACCCGGAUAUCCAAGUUAUCUCCUCGGGCUCGGUUUACGACGGAUACGACAUCCCAACACCGGGAGCUGGCGAUUACCAUGUGUAUGCUGAGCCGGACACGCUUGUUGCUGAGUUUUCGAAGUUUGAUAACGUGAAACAACCGCAUAUCAUUGGCGAGAUGGCGGCGGUCCAUCCGAAUGGUGGUUCUGGCUGGGACGGGCCGCAACAACCGUUUCCCUGGUGGGGAGGCGCCGUUGGUGAGGCCGUGUCGCUCAUCGGCUACGAGCGCAAUGCAGACAGAAUCAUCGGGGCGGCAUAUGCACCGAUCAUUCGGAAUAUGAACCGCUGGCAGUGGGAAAUUACAGCCAUUCAGUUCACUGCUAAUAAGGUUACUCGAUCUACGUCUUGGUACGUAUGGGAGCUUAUGGCGGCUCAUCUCCUAACAGAGACACUGCCGGCAACUUCACAGUUUGAUCCGGUCUACUACGUGGCUGGAAAGAACGAUAAGACAGGAGGACACAUUUUCAAAGCAGCAGUCUAUAAUUCAACAGACGGUGCUGAUGUCCCUGUCAAAUUAUCCUUCGAAGGUGUUAAACAGGGAACGACUGCCGAGUUAACUAUCCUCACGGGACCGAAAGAUCCAUAUGGUGUCAAUGAUCCGGCUACCGACAUUAAUGUUGUAAAGACUAGUAAGAAGACGAUACGAUCCGACAAGACCGGUAGUUUUCAAUUUUCGUUACCUAACUUGAGUAUUGCCGUCUUGGAUACGAGCCCCCCGAAGUCUCGUCGCUGGAAUAGGGCAGCAGGAAAGGGUUGA